GCAGGAGAAAUGCCUUCCGAGAAGGAAGCCAGCGCUGGCCUGUCCAACGCCUACGGGUCCUUGAAACCAGGGAGGAGACGCGUGAAUAUAAAACAGCGCGCGCCAUGGUAGCGACUGGGAUCAGACCACCAAAAGCGUCAGAGCCAUGAGGACCACUCUAGUUUUAUCGAGUCUACUUGCCCUCUGUCUCCUUGUCCUCGCUGAAGACAAGCCGGCCGAUGAGAAACCAGCUGAAACAACAACAGCGGCACCCGCUGACGAUGACAAGAAGGAAGGCGACGAGAAAGUCGAAGGCCGUGGACUCUUCCUGAGCGGCGGCGGGCUCGGCGGUGGCCUCGGCGGCUGCCCGCCAUGCCCCUGUGGCUACGGACCGGGAGUAGGUGGAGGAUAUGGUGGAGCAGGCUACGGCUCCGGCUUGGGCGGUAGUUACGGUGCCGGCGGAGCUGGCUAUGGAGGAGGUUACAGUGGAGGCUACCGCGGUGGUUACGGUGGUGGCUAUGGAGGUGGCUACAGUGGAGGUGUUCGUCCCGGCGUAGGCAUCGGUGGCGCUAGCUACGGUGGAGGCGCUGGCUACGCUGGAGGCGUUCGUCCCGGCGUCGGCAUUGGAGGCGCUGGCUACGGAGGUGGGGUCGGUCCUGGCUACGGAGGAGGAGUCGGUCCCGGUGUUGGCGUUGGUCCUGGCAUCGGCAAGGGUGUCGUCGGAGGACCUGUUGGCCCCGUUGGUGGUGCUGAAGUGGGAAUCGGUCCCGGUAUCGGUAAGGGAGUCGUCGGAGGGCCCGUUGGAGGACCUGUUGGAGGCGCUGUUGGUGUCGGUCCCGGCCUCGGUAAGGGAGUCGUCGGAGGACCCGUCGGAGGACCUGUUGGAGGUGCUAUCGGUGUUGGUCCCGGAGUUGGUGGGGUUGGCGGACCCGGCCUGGGUGUUGCACCGGGAGUUGGCGGAGGUUACGGAGGCUACGGAGGAGGUGUCGGUGGUGCGGCUGCUGCCAGUGCCGGCUACGAGAGUGCCGGAGGUUUCGCUAAUAAGGCCGCUGGGCAGGAAGCCGGCCAGGGAAGCUUUGCCUACAAUCUUGGAGGCUCGGACAAGAAGGUCUUCGGGCACAGCUCAUCCUACGGAGACUCGAAAAGCUUUGGCCUGAGCGAAAGCGAGGGCUUCAACCGCGGCGAGGGCCAAGCAAGCCAUGGUAGUGCCUUCGGCAAGGAGGCUGCCGGAUCUGGUUCCACGUCCCAUAGUUCUGGAAAGGAGGUCGUCGUCGGCUGAAAUAUUUUUAUGGAUCGCUGUUUGUGUGCUGGUCGCCAACGCAGUUUUCCACUUCUCCAAUGAAGCUCACAUCUAGCUCUAGCCUGUGCCAUAGUCUUCGGAGCUUCGUGCAGUAAACAGUGAUACUUCUGCACUACACACAAAUUAAUAAAACGAUAGCGCUCCGAAGAACGACAACGUAAUACAUGUUUUGUUUUCUCAAUGGGAGCACCCACAUUUGCCAAACAUUGCAGAAGCGAGUACCAAAAAAUGGAGUUAUCCUGCACAGAAUAUCUGCAAUAAAAAUGUCUUCAUAAAGUUCCA